AUGAGCAGGUGCUGGAGGGAUGUCAGGCUUAGAUUGCCCCCAGCGCGGAGGCCGUUGCUUCAGCAACUAAAGAGCGCAAAAUAUCCGGAGAUAAAAUCUUUAAUGAAACCUGAUCCUAACUUGAUAUGGAUUAUAAUUAUGAUGGUUCUCACCCAGUUGGUUGCAUUUUACUUAGUAAAAGACUUGGACUGGAAAUGGGUCCUAUUUUGGGCCUCUGUCUUUGGCAGCUGCCUUAACCAUUCAGUGACUCUGGCUAUUCAUGAGGUUUCCCACAAUAGCGCCUUUGGCCAUUGCAGAGCCAUGUGGAAUCGUUGGUUUGGAAUGUUUGCUAAUCUUCCUAUUGGGAUUCCAUAUUCAAUUUCCUUUAAGAGGUAUCACAUGGAUCAUCAUCGAUACCUUGGAGCCGAUGGCAUUGAUGUGGAUAUUCCUACUGAUUUUGAGGGCUGGUUCUUCUGUACCACUUUCAGAAAGUUUAUAUGGGUUGUUCUUCAGCCUCUCUUUUAUGCUUUUCGGCCUCUAUUCAUCAACCCCAAACCAAUUUCUAAUCUGGAAAUUAUUAAUAUUGUGGCCCAGAUCACUUUCAACAUUAUAAUUUACUACUUUUGGGGAAUUAAAUCUUUAGUCUACAUGUUGGCAGCAUCCUUACUUGGUCUGGGUUUGCACCCAAUUUCUGGACAUUUUAUAGCUGAACAUUACAUGUUUUUAAAGGGACAUGAAACUUACUCGUAUUAUGGUCCUCUGAAUUUACUUACCUUCAAUGUGGGUUAUCAUAAUGAACAUCAUGACUUCCCCAACAUUCCUGGAAAAAGCCUUCCACUGGUGAGGAAAAUAGCAGCUGAAUACUACGACAGCCUCCCCCACUACAACUCCUGGAUAAAAGUACUGUAUGACUUUGUGAUGGACGAUACAGUGAGUCCCUACUCAAGAAUGAAGAGGCAUCGGAAAGGGCAGGUGGUACUGGAGUAGACACCAUUACAGCCUGAGGAAGUCCUCUCUGAAACUUUCAAAUAGGUUAUAAAGUGGGAUUUUUGCAUUACUAUUAAACUUAAGACCAGUGAUGCUUACAAGCUACUCUGGUACAGUUUUAAUGUAGGAUCUCCAUGGUAUCAAGAAACUAAUCUGGCUUUAAACAGUCAGCCUGUCUCUGCAGUGCUCAGCUUUACUCAUGGGAAACGUGUUUGUUGUAUUAUUGCCGUUGAAGAUGUUUUCACCCACGUCUGUCAUUUUGUAAGCAUAUCAUAAAAGAAGACUUUUGAAAAGCUAUUUCUAGAACAUUAUUUUCACUAUAAAGUUUUGCUUUAUUAAAACAGCUAAUAAGCUGUGCUACUAAUCACAAUACAUUAGUAUUUAUUGCAUUUUUGUGUCACUAUUUUUAUACUACAUAACAUGGUAACCUGGGUACUGAGGGGAACUUUCUUGAAAAUUUCACCCGGAAAAUAAUUUUUAAAAGGCCUGAGUUAAGGUAAUAUAGUAUAAAAGGUUGAGAUGGAAAUCUUUUCAGUGGAAGGUAAUUACUCAUUUUUAAUUUUUACUGUUGUACAUGGACCUAAAUUAGACACUGCUGAAUCCUGUAUAGCCUUACUCAUAAAUAAAGUACUUACUGAAUUUAA